AAAUUCCAUCUCAGCAUUUUCUCCAGUUUUUCUCCUACUCUUAACUCGCUUGAUCAGCGUCAAAUCUAACAGACAGAUCCAUCGAUGGCUGCUUCCGAAUUCCGAUCCGGCCGUCGUGCCGUCGCGCUCGUCGUCGUGAUCUGCGCCGUCCUGCUGCUGUCCUCCGCCGUGGAGCGGGCGGCGGCGCAGGUGCCCUGCAGCAAGUGCGACCACGCGUGCAAGAAGUCGUGCAAGGGCUACGGCCGCGACUCGUCGUGCAGCCUCCCCUGCGGCGACCCAUCCAACAAGGCCGGCUGCGAGAGCUGCCUGGACGCCUACUACCUGAAGUGCCUCAACUACUGUGGCCAGUCCUGCCGUGUGACCUGCACCAGCGGCUGAAAAAAACCGUUCACGCUUCAAUUCGUCUCUGAGCUCACGGCGCCGGCCGCCGUCGUGAAGCCUUUUGAUGUGUCACGUAAAUGUAUGUACUGUCUCGAUCAUAUGUAGUUCUGUUACUUUCUCCGUUUCAUGCAUAUUGCAAGUUAUUUUUGUUUUGUCCUAUUUCAGAGUACUCCUUCGUCCCAAAAAAA